CAUAGUAGGAUUAGUUAAGUAGUGGGCGGGGCAUGCAGUGACGCAGUCGCUUCCUUUAUCCGGUUCAGCCUUGCGCCGCUCUCACUCAUCGCUCGUUCUCUAUGCGCAGCCGGUAGAGGAGAGGACGGAGGCGCCAUUUUGCAACAACUUCUCUAAAGUCCACCAUCAGACAUGUAUCCGAGCACACUAACCCAACUGGCCCGGGCGAACCCCUUUAGCGCCCCGUUGUUCACGCUGCAGAAAGUCGAUGAGCCCCAGACACACACUCCCGUACAGAAGCGCAGGCUCGCAGCCGCCGCAGUAGCCGAGACAGGCGAUAGCUGCGAGUUCGGCUCGGGGAAAUACUACGCCCUCUGCGGGUUUGGGGGCAUCUUGAGCUGUGGUAUUACACACACUGCCGUCGUGCCCCUCGAUUUGGUCAAGUGCCGUCUCCAGGUGGAUCCUGCUAAAUACAAGAGCAUCUUCAAUGGAUUCUCCGUCACAAUCCGAGAGGAUGGCAUGCGAGGGUUGGCCAAGGGUUGGGCACCCACCUUCAUCGGGUACUCCAUGCAGGGGCUCUGCAAGUUUGGCUUUUACGAGGUGUUCAAGAUCCUGUACGGUGACCUGCUAGGAGAGGAAAACGCAUACUUGUGGAGAACCUCUCUGUAUCUGGCUGCUUCUGCCAGCGCUGAGUUCUUCGCAGAUAUCGCUCUGGCCCCUAUGGAGGCGUGUAAAGUGCGUAUCCAGACGCAGCCUGGCUAUGCCAACACCUUGAGAGAAUGUGCCCCCAAGAUGUACGCCGAGGAAGGGCUCUGGGCGUUCUACAAAGGUGUGGUUCCUCUGUGGAUGAGACAGAUCCCCUAUACCAUGAUGAAGUUCGCCUGCUUCGAGCGCACCGUUGAGCUGCUGUACAAGUUCGUGGUGCCCAAACCCCGCAGCGAAUGCUCCAAAUCCGAACAGCUGGUCGUCACUUUCAUUGCCGGUUACAUCGCUGGUGUGUUCUGCGCCAUCGUGUCUCACCCUGCUGACUCGGUCGUGUCCGUGUUGAACAAAGAGAAGGGAAGCACAGCCGCACAAGUGCUGAAGAGGCUUGGGCCUAAAGGUGUGUGGAAGGGUCUGGUAGCCCGUAUCAUCAUGAUCGGUACACUGACAGCCCUGCAGUGGUUCAUCUACGACUCUGUGAAGGUCUACUUCCGCCUGCCCCGCCCUCCUCCCCCCGAGAUGCCCGAGUCCCUCAAGAAGAAGCUCGGCCUCACAGAGUAGAUCCACAGAUCGAUCGCCCACCUUCCCCUCGACAGCUGCACACCUCCUGUUUUCUAUAUUUAAAUCUGUCCUGAGCCCCACUCGCCCCUGACAUCAUGAUGAUGAAGGGGAACCGCUCUCCUUCACAGGCAGUUCCAUGUCUAAAUAGUCUAUAUAAAAAGGAUUGUGAUCUGAAUGAAUGCCGUCUGGUUUUAACCUCUGACAUUUGUUGUGUCAGUAGUACAAUAAAGAACUACCUGGAUAUUAUA